UCCAAAUUGAUCGUGCCCUUCAGUGGUGAUGAUCUCAGAUUUCCACCGAUCUAAAGAAUCGUGAUGAGUGAUCUGUAAAAGAUUAGUGGCCGUGGAUUAGAUCAAAGUCAAAUGCUAGCCUAGAUGGAAGCUGUGCCACACUGGAAAAGAUGAACGAAGCCAACUGCGAAAAGCAUAUCAUGAUCAUCUGAAAAGGGAUUUUCAUCAACUUUUUCUCUUUUAUCUCACAGGGACAGUAGUGGUAGGACACACUUACUAGGACCACUUCCUCGAAACCAAAAAUGGUGAAAUCCACCCCGACCCGGCUCUACCAGAAGGGCGUCAUCACGUCCUACAAGCGGGCCCGCAAGGACCUCACCCCUCGUCAGUGCCUGGUCAAGAUCGAAGGUAAAAGAAAGAAGACUUAUGUCAAAGUGCAAUUUUCGCAUGACAGCAUCUACUUCGCUUAUUUCAUGAAAUCUAAAUUCCGCAUGACGAAAGUUUUUGAUACCAAUGUGAAUUUUCCCCAACACAAACAAAACACUCAGGUGUCAACACCCAAGAGCAGACCAACUUUUACAAGGGAAAAAAGGUGGCUUUCGUCUACAAGUGCAAGAAGGAGAAGAAGAACUCCAAGUUCCGGUAUUGAUAGAUUUAGAUUUUGAUUUUUUCGCAUUACAGGUGUCUUUUCUCAAGUUCAGCAUGCAUGGAAAUAAGUCGGUUUCUCACUGUCAAAUUGUCAUGCGAAGGAACGAGAGAAGUUUGAUUUGGUAUUUAUUCAAAAACCACACGAUCAUCUCGAAAAAACAAAACAGCGUCAUCUGGGGCAAGGUUCGCCGCGCUCACGGACACAACGGUAUGGUGCGUGCUGCUUUCUCCACCAACUUGCCGUGCACCGCUUUCGGCGCCCCGUGCCGCAUCAUGAUGUACCCCUCCAACAUCUAAAUGGUUCGGGAGUCCAAGGAUGCGAACUUGUGAUCCGGGAUUUUUUCUGCAUCACAAACGGAACAAUUUCACAUGCGAGAACGUACUAGAAAAAUGCGGAGAAAUGCUCUCGAAUGACGAUGUGUGAACAGAAGGAGAAGUCCUAGUGUCUGUGGUGUCUAUGUGGUCCUACUCUGUAAAAGCGAAGAAGUGCAACUUUUGGAGUUGCUGUGCGUCGACGGGAGCGUAUGACUAAAGAGAUU